AUGGGACACCUGCCCUACCCACUAAUGAGGGCCGCAGCCGACAUCGCUCCCCGAAUGUCCAGAGAUGACUGUAUUGCUUUGAUGCGCUGUGGCUUGGAAGUGGCCUCCUGUAGUAGGCCAAUGCCAGACACAACCAAAGGUGUCACUUGGCUUGAUCUUAACCUAGAGCGCGUCCGGGACGAGUCGCUGCCAUACUCUGGGACUUGUGCUGAGACAGAACACCACGGCAGGAAAGCGGCCGAGGAAGCCGCAGCCUCACAGACCCGCAGCCGAAGGGGGAAGGGAGCAGGGCCUGCAGCCCUCCUCCAGGACGUGUCCCCAGCCACGCCCGCCCUGUCGGGGACGCACCGGCCACCCUCCCGAGCUGGCGGCCCUGUGGGGAGCUCCAUGCGAGGGUCUGGAUUUCAGGUCCGGUCUGACCGGGACAAGUUCGUCAUCUUCCUGGAUGUGAAGCACUUCUCCCCUGAGGACCUCACUGUGAAGGUGCUGGAGGACUUCGUGGAGAUCCACGGCAAGCACAACGAGAGACAGGACGACCACGGCUACAUCUCCCGGGAGUUCCACCGCCGCUACCGCCUCCCUUCCAACGUGGACCAGUCGGCCCUGUCCUGCUCCCUGUCCGUGGACGGCAUGCUGACCUUCUCUGGUCCCAAAGUCCAGUCGGGUCUGGACGCUGGCCACAGCGAGCGGGCCAUCCCCGUGUCUCGGGAGGAGAAGCCCAGCUCGGCGCCCUCGUCCUAAGUCGCUGUGGGCUCGGCUGCCGCUGCGGCCCUGACCC